GGGAGGAUCCGCGCGCUGCUGAUUCAGAGCCGGAGCGGAGGAGAAGAGGAGGCAGGAGAAAAUGGUGCAUCAGCGAGCGGGGGCAAAAAGCGCAGCGGAAUGAUGCGCCUUCCGCAAGCCUCUCGCUUCGAGACUCUACUGCGACGACAGAAGAACAGGUGAAUGGCAGGCUUGGGUAAAGAGCUGGCCAGCCAAUGCAGUGCAUAGGGCCUGGAGUCCAAGUUGACGAAAACAUGAACGGGGCAGGGGAGCAGGUCGACAUCCUGCCUCCCAACUGCAUGGUCAAAGAGAGAUGGAAAGUGCUGAAGAAAAUUGGCGGUGGUGGAUUUGGGGAGAUCUAUGAGGCGCUGGACUUGUUGACCAGAGAAAAUGUGGCUUUAAAGGUAGAGUCAGCACAGCAGCCCAAACAAGUGCUCAAGAUGGAGGUAGCUGUGCUGAAGAAACUACAGGGGAAAAAUCACGUGUGUAAAUUCAUCGGGUGCGGAAGGAACGAGAAGUUCAACUAUGUGGUCAUGCAACUGCAGGGAAGAAACCUGGCAGAUUUGAGGCGGAGUCAGCCUCGAGGGACCUUCUCCAUGAGCACGACUUUGCGUCUGGGCAAACAGAUUCUGGAGUCUAUUGAGGCCAUUCACUCUGUGGGCUUCCUCCACCGAGACAUUAAACCGUCAAAUUUUGCCAUGGGUCGGCUGCCAUCCACCUACAGGAAGUGUUACAUGCUGGACUUUGGCCUGGCUCGGCAAUACACAAACACCAAUGGGGAAGUUCGGCCACCAAGAACAGUAGCAGGAUUUCGUGGAACAGUACGCUAUGCUUCUGUCAAUGCUCAUAAAAACAAAGAGAUGGGUCGCCAUGACGAUUUAUGGUCCUUGUUCUACAUGCUGGUGGAGUUUACUGUUGGACAGUUACCAUGGCGGAAGAUCAAAGACAAAGAGCAAGUGGGCCAGAUUAAGGAACGCUAUGAGCACAAAAUGCUGCUGAAACACAUGCCCUCAGAGUUUUAUAUCUUCCUGGACCAUGUGCUUGGCCUCGAUUACUAUACCAAACCAGAUUACCAGUUGCUGAUGUCUGUAUUUGAGAACAGUAUGAAGGAGAGAGAGAUAACAGAGAAUGAGCCAUUUGAUUGGGAAAAAGCAGGAACUGAUUCUUUAUCUUCAAACAGCACCGCCACACCACCUCAACCAAACACACGGCAAACUGCAGCUAUAGUCGGGGUGGUGAAUGUGACCCCAGUUCCUGGUGAAUUGCCAAGGGAGAACACAGAUGACGUUCUGCAGGACGAGCACUUAAGUGACCAGGAGAAUGCCCCACCCGUCCCAUUACCCAUCAGGCCCUGUGAGGCUGCUCUGGCUCACCCUGGUGGGGAGGCAUGGGAUGACACUGAUUUCAACCGCAACAAACUCAGGAUCAGUAUCAGUAAGACCCAGGUAAAUGCAGAGGAGGAGGAGCAAGCUGGAGUGGUGCGGCCCGUCUCCCCAAGGGCUGGAGACCCAGAAUCCCCUGGGGCUCAUGGUCGGCCCCUCAGGUAUCGUCGAGUCAACAGCCCUGAAUCAGACCGACUGUCUGGAGGAGAUGGGAGGGGAGACGCCUGUGACAAACGCUCCCGUCUGGACAUGCUGGGUUCCCCCUCCCGGCAUGUGUACUCUUCACAGCCGGCCCAAAUGCUUUCGCUGGACACUGGCCAGGUAGACCGCCAGGCCGCAGGCCGCCAUGAUGUGUCGGGUGAUGGGGAUCAGGAGGCCCACAGCAAUGCUUUUAUACGCUCUGUGCCCCUGGCGGAGGAGGAGGAUUUCGACAGUAGGGAGUGGGUCAUCAUUGAUAAGGAGACAGAGCUGAGGGACUUCCACCCGGGGGCAGAGCCAACGACUUCAGGCACCACCGAUGAAGAGCCAGAGGAGCUACGUCCACUGGAGGAGCAUGAGGAGAGGAGAAGGCGAGGAGGUGCAGAGGCUGUAGUCCGACCCAAAACGCAGCGAGGGAUGAUGGGAUUGGCUGGAGAGGAGGGGGCGGGACCAAGCACGAUCCAUUCACCAGGUCACUCGCUGCCUCAGACCAGCCCGCACAGGAGGGAAUCCGAGCCAUUCGGACCACAUAGACAGGAGUCAGCGGAGGUGGAGCCAACAGCCCAGACGAGGCCAAAGCGGGUGGACUUCAUGUCGGGCGUGCUGAUGUUUGACCCGCAUGAAGAGGUGGGUAGAGGGUCUGGCAGUAACGGAAGCCCACAGAGUAGUGACGGAAGCCCAGAAGGAGCUGCCUCCACCCUUUUGGCUCCACCCCACCGAGACCCUGACCAGGAAGAGGGUUCCCGCACUUUAGUGCUUGUUUCUGCUGGUAACGGGGCUGGCUCCCCUGGUAACGGGCUGGUUUCCCCCUGUGACGGCCAGGGGACACUAGCAGCGCUCACACCGCAGGGUGAGCGGCUGGCACCAGACGAAUCGGAGCCCGGGACCCUCUCAUCCGUCCUCAAGUCCGAGCCCAGGCCCAUCAUCAUGACAACUGUUGCCGUGAUCACUGGCGGCACCUCGUCCUCACCUCCGUUUACCAAAGUGGAGCGCACGUUUGUGCACAUUGCUGAGACAACACACCUGAACGUCAUGACGGCCAGGCACCAGCUGCCUGGGCUGGACGAAGAGCCGUCACUGGAGCGUGAGCAAAGAGAGGAGGAAGAGGAGGAAGAGGAGGAGAAGGAAGAAAAGGAAAGCAACAGUGAGGAGAUGGCUCUAGAAAGAGCGAUCAAAAGUCAGCCAAGGGGCAGAGAAGAAUGGAAGGCAGAAGAUAAAGAAGGAGGGUACGAGCCAUGGAAUGAUUACAGAACAAAGGAAGAGGAAGAAGGUAUAAGCAGAAGUGAGAAGGACAUUUUGCCUCAGGAUUUAGAGGGGGAUCUGCGGGGCAAUCUGGAGGAGAAGGGAAGAGAGAGUGAGGGUGAAGAGAGAGAAAGACAAGAAGAGGAAGAAGAAGAAAAAGAAAAAAGCAUCUCUGAAGAUCAGAGGGCAGAACCAGAGUCCCGUGACCAGCAAGAAUCUUCAGUCAUCGGGCGUGAAGUAGUUCAGUUCAUGGACACCAAAAUGGAGGGUAAAAUGGAACAUGUACCUGCAUUAUUAAAACAAAUUGAAGAGCAGAGUGAGAUUCAAGUAGGAGUUUGUCCUUCACUGUCCAGUGACACAAAUAAGGAGAUGAAGCAGGAAGAAGCAAAGUCAGAUAGCAAAAAGGUGGAAUCCGUGCCCCGCCCACAGAGGCGGAGUCGCAUCCCAGUGCUCAUGUCAGAAGAGGAAACUGGUUCAGAUCGGUCAUCUCAAACUAGCCAAGACUCACAACGGGCCCGCAGGAGCCGACGCCCACACUUGGCCCGCCUUGUUCUGGAACGAAAGCAGUCCCACUUGCGCCCUCAAUCCACCUCCUCCCCAUCCCCCACCCUGUCAACAACUGCCUCGGAGGACGACACUCAUCAAUCGGACGAGUCAGCCAGAGCGAGGGGACUGGAUGGACGAGUGAGGAGCCGGAUCCCACGACCGGCCACACCUAUUAAGAAGCCUUCCAUACAGUCUGGGACCAGGACUAUCCCUCAAACUCAGAGAUCCGUCUCUUUCAUUCAGCCCAGCUCUGUCAGCUCUGGGAUGCAGAAGUCUGCCAGUGAGCAUGCAAGUAUCCAUCAGCAACAGCCCAGACCUCAACUCCGCUCCUCUAAAACGCUACCUCCCCGCCCCCCAGCAUCAGGCCCCGCCUCUUCGACAGCUAGCCGGACAGCUCUGCGCAGCGUCUCCCGGCCCACUGCUUCCCCAAGUCCUAGGAGCAUUAGCACCUCCCCCCGCAGUUACUCCACCUCCCGCACAGAUAGCCCCUCCCCCCAGCGCCUCCGUAGGCAAUCCCAGCAGCCACGCCCACUUCCAACACCACAACCAAAAUCCAAACCUCAGGACUCCGCCCACAAAAAGAGCAAGGCACAGCCAACAGCCACAGCGCAGAAAGGCAAACGAGAUUCAUCUGAGACAAAGUCUAAAGGCAGAUAAUUACUGUACAAGCCACACCCCAUCCACAAGUGUCACAUCUUCUACCUGUCACAUUCUCCCGUACUUGCCAGCUUCAUUAUUAAAUGCCAGCCAGGCCACGAUAAUCGCUCACCAAUUCAUCUAUGUAUGGUUCGGAUCUGUUUCUCAUCACUCAUGACCAAAUGAUGUGGAUGGAUUUAUUCAUCUUUCAGCUAAGUGACUGUAAUGGCUGCUUAUAUACCUCCGAAGAGGAUUCUCAAACACAAGACAAAAUGACCGUGAUAGCAACAACGUGUGUGAGAAACACAACCCAUACCGCUGGAGUGUGUCGGACAACAGAGCACACCUCACAUGCCUUAAUGAAGCCUGCAGCGUGAUACAGUUCCACCGUCACAAAGAAGCUUCCAGAAGACACACUGCAAAAGCUGCAUCCUACACUGUAAAAGCCGAUCAACUUAAAAAACGUUCUUAAUUAAUCACACACAUUUUUUAAGCUCAGUGAAGCCAAAAUACUUCGAGAUACACGCAUACCUAAAGAGCAUAUGUUCACUGAGCUGCUUUCAGAGUUUAGCAGUGAUAAAUUGAAGAAUUUUUUAAGUUGAUCCAACUUAUCUUUACCCAUACAGAGCCUCUAGUAAGGAGCAGAAGAACACCAUCAUUUUUAGUUAUGGCAAAUAAUGUCAUUCUCUGGUUACCAGUUUUCUUUCUACAGCUUCAAGCACUUUUAUUUUCUUCUGUGAUGUCCGUUUUUUGGUGACACUCUAGCAGUGAACUUUGCUUUUACUUAAUUAUGGUACAACAAAAUAUGUAACUCUCCCCAAAGUUACCGCUUAGUGAAGCUAAACAGAUUUUUUUUAGGGUGUUGGGAAUUUUACUUGAACAACUGGCUAUACCUCAGUAUUCAAUAAUGAAAGGGAAGGUACAAUCUCAAUCCAAAAGGCCAAGGCAUUGUUCUUUGGGCCGUUGCUAAAAAGUUUAAUCUGCAAAAUUCCAUAAUAAUGUUUGUUGUUUAACUGAUUUAAAUUGAACUCUCCCGUACAACAUCCUCCCGUAUCUGUACCUCAUUUCAAACCGUCACACUCAUUGGAUCUUGUUUUGGGCUAUAAAACCUUUGGCUAAUGGUGAAGAUCAUUCACCCAGAUUUACGCCGCCACGCUUUCUGAGUAUCACACAAUUAUAUGAACACUCUCAAAACAAAGCAGAGAUACUGAAGCAGUUUGCACCAAGGUUACAAUUCAAUUUGUAACACAGCCAGUGGCAACUUGAUGUUCUCCAACUUUUGGAGCUAUUUUGCAUAUCGCUGUUGUCAGAAGAAAACCUCGUAUCUCAAAUUUUGUCGUUUUUCAGUUUUUGACAUCAUUUGAAAAUGCCUGUUGCCCCUUACGUUGUGUGUAAAUUUCAUGAAGAAUAUGCCAAAGGAAAUAGGCCAAAAUGAUUUAGAAAAAAAUCUGGUUCCAUUGACUUACAUUAAAAGUGAAGUAGGUUUUUUCCUUCUCCUGUAUAAUGAUCGUUUUGGAGAUUUUCUUCCAACAACAGCAAUAUACUAAUAAAUCAGCUGAACUAGAUUCCGUCAGUAUUUGUGUCCAAAACACACAGAAAAUUGUCUGACAAAACAUAGAAAUUGCCCAUGACAUCAAGCCAAGAUGACUCACUGCACUGCUGCUUCUAGGCUUUAAUGUUUCAUCUCUCAUUUCACCACCCCGCCCUUUAUUCAGAUACCUCCAUCUGAUUGGCCGACUCAUUAUCAACACCACUCUCUGAUGGGCCCAUUCAUAACUGUGACCAGCACUACCCUGUUGGCAUGCCUUUGGAUAUGCUCAUUUUGCUGUGUUUCUAUAACCGUCUAUUGAAAAUAUGUAGAUAAUAUAAGUACUUUUCAAAACAAAUUUAUAUUUAUUUUUGUUCCGUAUGGAGGAUCAAAUGGAUGUAAUAUAAAAAUGAGAAAAUACUGUUACUUACAUUUUCUUAGUUUUAGUUUUAAGUGCACCAUGCUCAUUACACAUCAGUCAGAUUGCGACAGGUGCUUUAGGGCCUAACAUGAAAUUGCAGAAUGUGAGCUUUAUCAGCGUACAGAACAGCUUGAAGUUUACAGCAAAACUAGCUAAAGAUGGGGAAAUCGAUAUGCUCAGACUGAAAAAUACAAAUCUUUGCAUUCAAUAAGGCAACUGUGAUGUAGUGAUUGGAAGUAAUUUGACAAAAUAUUCAAUAUUGAAUAGAAUAUGCACAAAUGUCAGCCUCCAUUUGUUCGUACGAUUAUACACCAAUCAGGCGUAACAUCAUGACCACCUCCUUGUUUCUACGCUCACUGUCCAGUUUAUCAGCUCCACUUACUGUAUAACUGCACUUUGUAGUUCUACAGUUACAGACUGUAGUCCAUCU